AUGCCCUGGCCACGAUCACAAUUUUUGGAAAUUGGGGACCAAUCCUGGUGUCCCUCCUGGCUCCAUCAGCACGAGCAAUUAUCUUUGACAAAACUUUGGAAUCUCAAGGUUCCGUUUUGGAGCCGCGGGAGCCUUGCCACGCAAGCAUGCGAGGUAUUCAAAGAGCACCUGCAGGAUCUUUCGUCAUAUACCGUUCUCGACAUAUGCGCUGGCUCUGGAGGCCCUACUCCGGUCCUCGAAUCUGAACUCAAUAGAGAACUCGAAGCCCAAGGCAAAGACCCUGUCCAGUUCAUCUUAUCCGAUCUUUAUCCCCACGUUGAAGCGUGGCAGCGAAUUUCGAAGAAACAACAAAACAUAUCAUACAUUGAAACGCCAGUCGACGCCCGAGCUGUUUCUAGACUUGGAAAGAAGAAGGAAUGUCGCAUUUUCAAUGUCUGUUUCCAUCACUUCAAUGAUGGAGACGCUUCCGGUAUUCUGAAAAGCGCGGUGGAGUCGGCUGAUGCAUUCAUCAUAUAUGAAAUGACAUCACGUGAAAUUGGUACCUGUCUUUGCUCCCCACUAGUCUUCUUCUGGGCUUUCUUUGUAACCCUGGGUUGGUUUUGGAACUCACCCGUCCAUCUUUUCUUUACAUAUGUCCUACCCGUGGCUCCUUUAACUAUCUGGUAUGAUGGCUUCAUAUCUUGUCUCAGAACACGCACGAACGAGGAGAUCAGAGGUCUCUUAGACCAGCCAGGCUUGGAUUUGACCAAAUGGACCUUUCAUGGCGGAAGAAAGACUGUUCAGUGGCCUUUCAUUACCUUGCACUACUAUCUCGGUGUUAAGUCCCGUUAA